AUGUCCAAAGCAGCGGUUUUUGGUGAUUUGAAUGUGGGCAAGACCUGCCUAAUCAACCGGUAAAGUAUUCAGCUUGUGACCUGGCUACUAUAUUUUCUUCCUUUUAGGUGGUAAACAGCCUCCUAACAUGCUUGUAUAUUCUGUGCUGCACUUUCAGGUUCUGCAAAGAUGUAUUUACCAGAAACCACACGGCCACCAUAGGAGUGGACUUUGAGAUUGAGAGGUUUGAGCUCUCAGGAGCUCCAUUCUCCCUUCAGAUGUGAGAGAGGGUCAUGUUUUGGUUUGAUGUUGUGCUUUAUUAUUUGAUUAGAGACGUUAUAGUUCUUUACUUGUAUGCAGGUGAUCAUUUAUUUUCUUUCUCUACGUAGCUGGGACACAGAUGGCCAGGAAGAAUUCAAAUGCAUCGCUUCAGCAUGCUACAGAGGAGCUCUGGGGAAAACCGAGACAGCCAGUGAAAUGUCUUUGUAG